GCUCUAGACUUUGAGGCACUGACGUUCAGGAGUACAGAAUAGUUACCCAAGGGCUUCAGAUCCAUGACCUCAAAGAACAGUGGACUUGCUACCUUCACACAUCAAGUCCUGCAGAGGAGAGUGACCAGGAAAGAGCAACCGGUGCUAUCCCGCAAUGCAGCGCGUGAGAGUGGUGGUGGUGGGGGCGGGUGUGGUCGGCCUGUCCACGGCAGUCUGCAUUGCUGAGGGCCUUCCUCACUGCUCCGUCACUGUGCUGGCCGACAGAUUCAGCCCUGACACCACCAGCGACGUUGCCGCCGGCAUCAUAAUGGGCGGAGAGCUUCCUGGCAUUCCCCAGGAGCAGCAGCGGCGCUGGUUUAAGGACACCUUCGACCACCUGCUGGCCAUCGCGGAGUCCCCGCAGGCCCCCGAGGCGGGCGUCUUCUUCCUCUCAGGGUGUCAGAUAUUUCGGGAGACCCCCAGCAACCCCCGGCCCUUCUGGGCGGAGUACGUCCUGGGGUUUCGCUUCAUGACGGACGCGGAGCUCAGACGGUUCCCGCAGCACAAGUUUGGCCACGCCUUCACCACCGUCAAGUGCGAGUGCCCCACCUACCUGCCCUGGCUGGAGAAAAGGCUGAGGAGGGCGGGCGGCCAGCUCAAACCCGGGCACGUCACUGACCUCCAGGAGCUGUGCCACGCCUACGACGUCAUCGUCAACUGCUCGGGCCUGGGCGCGAGGGCACUGGCAGGGGACACGCAGCUGCAGCCGGUGCGGGGCCAGAUCCUGAGGGUGCACGCCCCCUGGCUGAAGAGCUUCAUCCGCGACGGGGACGGCCACACCUACAUCUACCCGGGGAGGGACAGCGUGACGCUGGGCGGCACGCGGCAGGCAGGGAACUGGCGGCUGGAGCCGGACGCGGCCGACAGCGAGGCCUUCAUGGAGCGCUGCUGCCGGCUGGAGCCGUCGCUGCGCGGCUGUGUGCGCCUACGCGAGGCUGUGGGUCUCAGGCCCGGCAGAGCCUGCCCCCGCCUGGAGAGGGCGCUGCUGGGGCCGGCCGGCCGCCGGGUGCCCGUCGUGCACAACUACGGCCACGCGGGCUGGGGCGUGUCGCUCAGCUGGGGCACGGCGCUGGAAGCCCUGCGACUGGUGAGGGAGAGCCUGAGCGAGAGGCCCCCAGCAGCACGGCUCUGAACGACUCCUCCGGUGGACGCU